AUGCCCGCCGCAGAACAACACUCUUUGCCUCUCCGAUCACAGCAGGAUCCCAACGACGUUGAGCCAAUAUCCCCUGGCUGGGACGACGACAUGGCACCAAACCAGCAGCCAGGUCUUUACGAUGCGAUUUACGAAAAGCUAGUCCGCAGCGAAUUUUCACGGGCGAAGUUCCUUCCUCAGGACGACUUUGACGAAUUGCUGACCGAGGAGGCGAUCAAAGAGGAACUGGACAAAUUUGCUCCUGGCUGUGCUCGCCGAUCACUGAUUGAGUACAUUUCGAAGUACGCCAGGAAGACAUUUGCCAUAUUAGUGAUCCAAGCCAAAGUUCAGAAGGCUGUUCACCUUGAGACAUCGACCUUCAAAGAUGAAUACCUCCCUAUCGCCAACGAAGAUUCAUGUCUCACUUCCCUCAGCGGCGUUUCAAAAGAUUUGCCCGGCUGGCGGUGGUUUCGCAGUUGGACAAAGCAGGAGAAGAACGAUUUCUGUGACCAGCAAUGGCUUUACCUGGCCCCGGUCUUCGGGGAUGAUAGCAAGAUGGAAGAGUUACAUCCAGACUGCCGACUGCCCUUUCUCACAAGUCAGUCCAAAGGUGAGGGGGGCAGUUUCAGCUUUCUGCACAAAGCUACCAUACACCAUGCUCAUCAUGCGGUCAACUCGGAUGAUCUGAUAAUUGCAAUCAAAGAGCUACGUGAAAAGGAAGCCGGCGCCGACCAAAGGGAACUCGAUGCCCUGGCUCUCGCGCGGCAACUGGAACAUCCACAUAUUGUGAGAUUCGUCGGUGGUUUCAGGCAAAAUUCCACAAGCUACCUGCUGUUCCAAUGGGCAGAGGGAGGCAGCCUCCGGUCGUAUUGGAACGACGAAGAGAAUUGGUCUGCGGAUGGGGAUCUCAUUAGCUGGACUAUUGGACAGAUCAAGGGGCUCGUUGGAGCGAUUGGGUGCUGGCACGAAAACCCGAACAGCCAAGAGUUGAACGGGCGACAUGGGGAUCUCAAGCCGGAAAAUAUCCUGAUGUCUUCCGCAUUGCAGCGGGGAAUCUUCCAAAUCGCAGACCUAGGGCUGGCGAAGAUACAUUCACUGCCGACACACGCCCGAAACAAACCCUCAUCAACUCCAAGGGGGACACUCCGAUACAGACCACCUGAGGCCGACCCAAAGAUCUCCAGAUCUUAUGACAUGUGGGGUAUGGGAUGCAUCAUCCUGGAAUGGAUAAUCUGGCUAGUCUACGGAAAUGAAGGUCUCACCAAAUUCUCGCAGCAGGCGUUCCCAGAAGACUUCGACGCAUUCUGGUUGAGUGGGAGCGACGACCGUCCACUUCGCCCAGUAGUAGUAUCCUGGAUGAAGCACAUGACUGAUACAUGUCUGGUGGACGGGGAGCAGUGUUACAGCAUUGCUCUACGUAGACUUCUCAUGUUUGUGAGAGAAAGACUUCUGGUGCCGGAUGCAACAGACCGCGACAUAGGCGACACAUCUCAGCAGCCCGUCGGUGACGACAGAGUACCCAUAUACGUCACGCCUGCUUCAGAUGUUACGCUGGUAUCCUCCAUUUCAGGUAGAGCAAGGAGCAAGGAGUCGUGUAUCGAGCUUGAGAAGAUUAGCUCGAUACCUCUUGACAUCCCAAACUAUAUGCAUAACCCGAAGAUCGACAUGAGAGGGCCCAUCGGCCGACUUCCGAUUAUAUCGAACAAGUUGUUGAUGCCUUCCUCGACAUCCAACAGUCGCCUAGAGGUGAAUGGCUCCCUUGGAAAUCGAUGA